AUGCCUAAAAAGUCCAGAAAAAACCAAACUAAUGACAAUGAUGAGGACCAGAUCGUGGCAACCUCACAAGUCUCAAGAUUUCAUAAGGAAACCUUGACGACCUUGUCGAAAGAUAUAGAUUUGAAAACAGUGAAUAUCACCGCUGGACUUAAGGACUUGAUUGUAGAUUCUGAUCUCAGGCUCUUCGAGGGAGUAAAGUACGGGGUAAUUGGACCAAAUGGCUGUGGGAAGACAACUUUGCUCAAGUGUAUCGGCUACAAAAGGAUUCCAGGAAUUGCUUCUAAUCUCAGAACGUUGUAUGUGGAACAAAUUGGCAUUGAGGACGAGAACGUUUCCGUGCUAGAGACCGUGUUGCGUUCAGAUAAGGCUAGAAUAGACUUAUUGAGGCAACAAGGUAUUUUGGAGAAUGCUCUAGAGUCUGAAGAUAGCCUAACUAUUCGCAAGGCAAUACACUCGAUUAAUCUCAUAGAUCGCCAACACGAGUUGCGGGCUGCUCAGAAAAUCGCAGCAGAAAGGUCUGGAGCUAGAGGUUUUAGGGCUAGAAAAGAACUUGUGGAGCAGGAAAAGUUGAUGGAAGAAAUGGAAACGUUGCGAAUUGACGACUCAUGCGUGGGAGAAGAUGAUGUCGAGCAAGCUCAGGAAAUGUUAAAUGAAAUCACAGAGAGCUUAGCUGUAUAUGAGAGUGAAGAACUUCUCAAGGCUAAUGCAAUCAAAAUUUUGACUGGUUUAGGGUUUUCGACUAGAAUGCAGACUGAGCCCACUUCUAUGCUUUCAGGAGGUUGGAAGAUUCGGGCUUCAUUAGCUUCUGCCUUACUUAUCAAGCCAAACAUCUUGCUUCUAGAUGAGCCAACCAAUCAUUUGGAUUUGCCUACCGUAUUGUGGCUCCAGAACUACCUUUCACUGUUGGAAGGAGUUACUUUGGUUACGGUGUCACACAACCGUGCCUUUCUCAAUGCUGUGGCUGAAGAGAUGAUAAUCGUCAAAGAUUGUCACCUUGAAUACUUUGUGGGAAAUUACGAUGAGUAUGUUGCAGACCAUGCUGAGAAACAAGCUCAUCUUGCCUCGAAAGCGGAAGCAGUGGAAAAGAAAAAGGAGGCUAUAACUCUGAGUGUGGAGAAAGCAUUGGCUAAUGCAAAGAAAAGCGGUGAUGACAAAAAAGUGCAGAGUAUGGUUUCCAAAAAGAAGAAGCUCGAUAGAUUGGGAAUGGAUGUCAAUGAAAAGGGCCACAGAUUCAAAUUGAAUAGAGAUCGUGCUGGCUACCAUCUCGACAUUCGAGACGAUAUUGUGGUGGAGAAAGAGCUAGUGCCUGACAAUUGGAAGGUGGAGCAACCGUACAAAUUGCGUUACUCCGGUGAUAUCUUGGUAAUGAAUAACGUGGGGUUCAGAUAUGAUAAGAAUGUCAUUUUCGGCCGGGUCAACUUCAGUGUCGGUCAGCGAGCCAGAAUUGCCAUAGUUGGAGCUAAUGGAACGGGUAAAUCAACUUUCUGCAAACUCCUAACCAACGAAGCACUUCCUAGCGUUGGAACCAUUGAGCGUCCUGGUAAUCCCACAAUUGGAAGUUUCGAGCAGUUCAAUGUCGAGUCUUUCCUCAAGAAGUAUGAUGAAAGCGUUACUCCAUUAGCAAUUAUGAUGGAAAUGUACCCUGACAGAAAAGAAGCACAAUAUAGAAAUUGUUUAGGAAAGUUUGGAGUGCGAGGGAAUACCGCCAUCAAGCCGCUACGGAUGCUUAGUGGAGGUGAAAUGGCCCGAACCAAGUUGGCUCUCAACUUCUUUGAGCUGUCUCCACAUUUGCUCAUCUUAGAUGAGCCUACUAAUCAUUUAGAUAUGCUUUCAAUCGAAUCUUUAGCUGAAUUGAUCGACAAAUACGAAGGUGCUGUCAUUGUUGCUUCUCACGAUCAGUUCUUUGUCUCCAAGAUUGCAAAAGAGAUUUACACGUUCGAUAAGAAACAAUUGAAGAAGCUUGAGAGCAUGGAGUCGUACGUUUCCAAGUUAGGUAUGGCAUGA